UUUUACGCGCAUUAAUAAGAAACCGCCAGGCAGAUUCAACAGAUAAACCAGCGUUUGGUAGGAAAGAAAAUUAGAAAGAAAAAGAAAACCGAAAAAAAAAAAAAAAAGGAGAGAGAAGAGAGAAAGAAGCUCUCUGGAAUUUUCUUUCCUUUGAGGACCAGGAAUCCCAAUCCCAAGGGACCGCCUGAUUUCCUUUUUCUCUUCUUUCCUGGUUCGUUUGGGUUUCCUCUCUCUCCCUCAAUAUAUUUAUUCACCCUUCCAGAUUCUCUAGUUCUCCCCCAAGAAUCGUCAACGAACAUUCGGAUUUUGAAUUUGCCUUCUUAAUUCUCUUUCGCAGAGCAUUAACGAAAUCAAAUCAUCCAUACAGAAAUCGAAAUCGAAAUCGAGAUGGCGGAAGAACAUCGGUGCCAGGCUCCACAACUAUGCGUCAACAACUGCGGCUUCUUUGGAAGCCCAACGACGCAGAACUUGUGUUCCAAAUGCUACCGUGACUUGCAGCUCAAGGAACAACAGACGCUCGCUCUCAACCAAACCUUAAUCUCAUCCGCCUCUGCCUCCUCUUCCUCCCACUCGUUCUUGUCUCCGCUGAUCUCUGCCUCGCCGUCGCACGACGCGCGGGUGGAGCGCGUGGUGGAAACGAAGGAGGAAGAGGAGAAGGAGCAGCACGCGCCGCCAGCGAGGCAGGCGAACAAGUGCAUGACGUGCAGGCGGCGCGUGGGGUUGACGGGGUUCAAGUGCAGGUGCGGGAUGACGUUCUGUGGGACCCACCGGUACCCGGAGCAGCACGCGUGCGGGUUCGACUUCAGAGCGAUGGGGAAGGAGCAGAUCGCCAAGGCCAACCCGGUCGUCAAGGGCGAGAAGCUGCAGAGGAUCUGAGAAUUGUCAAAAAUUGUCAGGGUUAUAAUGGUCUUUUUACUUUCCGUUGUUUGGGAAAUUUCUCGGUCGGGGUCUUUCUUUAUUGCGUGGUCGGUCCUUGUAAAAAUUUAAUUUAAUGAUAAUUUAAUGGUUUCACUCGUUUUUCUUUUAAAA